UAUAAUUUAUUUUUUAAUUUUUUUCGUCCCGAUUUUCUCUCUUACAGUACUGUAUUUUCUUAGGACAAUUAAGCAGCCAUUAAUCUGGGUUCUCAUCAAAGCUCCAUGUCAGGACAGGUCCAUUGCAUGGCGAUGAGACUGAAUCUUGACUGCAAUGCUUGUUGCAGAAAAAUGAGAAGAAUCCUUCUUAGGAUGAAAGAAAUAGAGAGUCAUUUGAUAGAGAAGCAGCAGAACAGGGUGACCGUUUUCGGAAGAUUUACUCCGGCUGAUGUGGCAAUAAAGAUAAGGAAAAAGAUGAAGCGUAGAGUCGAGAUUCUCGAAAUUCAAGAGUUUAUUGGACAUGUAGAAGAAAUUAAAAAUAAUUUCAGAGUUAUUACUUAGCUGCAGAUUUUUUUUUAUUUUU